UGUCAGUGUUGUCUCACGUUUCUCUGACUGCAACAAGUGAGAAGAAGAAGUGUCACGUUGCGGCGAAAACAAGUCUCAGUGCAGUAAAAUUGUGUUAUUAUUUGUCUACAGAAUUGUUGAGUGAAAAUAAAAUGGGGCGCUCAUCCAAAGACAAACGAGAUAUAUAUUACAGGCUUGCGAAGGAGGAGGGCUGGAGAGCGAGAAGCGCCUUCAAACUCCUGCAGCUGGAUGAGGAGUUCAACCUUUUUAAAGGUGUCAGUCGUGCUGUGGACCUGUGUGCGGCGCCUGGCAGCUGGAGUCAAGUCCUGAGCCGCAAACUCCGUGGAAAAGACAAGAGUGAAGAGGUCAAGAUUGUGGCAGUUGACCUGCAAGCAAUGGCCCCUUUGCCAGGGGUCACACAAAUUCAAGGAGACAUCACCAAGAUUUCUACAGCACAGGAGAUUAUUCAACAUUUUGAAGGACAGUCUGCAGACUUGGUCGUAUGUGAUGGUGCUCCAGAUGUUACUGGUCUUCAUGAUGUAGAUGAGUACAUUCAGGCACAGCUCCUGUUGGCGGCUCUCAAUAUCACCACACAUGUUCUUAAACCAGGUGGCAACUUUGUUGCAAAAAUUUUCAGGGGCAAAGAUGUGACGCUGCUGUACUCUCAGCUCAAGAUCUUCUUCAGCUCUGUAACCUGUGCCAAACCACGCAGCAGCCGCAACUCUAGCAUAGAGGCAUUUGUGGUGUGUCAGAAUUACUCUCCACCUGAAGGUUAUGUCCCCAACAUGUCCAACCCUUUACUGGAUCACUCUUAUGAUAUUGACUUCAACCAGCUAGAGGGGCCGAACCGGAUAAUAGUUCCUUUCCUUGCUUGUGGAGAUCUUAGUGCAUUCGAUUCAGACAGAACUUACCCGCUUCAGCUUGAUUGUAGUAAAGAGUACCAGUAUUUACCACCCACCCAACCUCCAAUCCGGCCUCCAUACCAGCAAGCCUGUCAGCUCCGCAAGAAUAACUUGCUAGCCAAAGAGGACUCGCCUUCUGGCACACUUGGUGAUUCCCUGUCUGCUUUAGAUCUCGAAACGAGUCCAGACACGAACAUGGACACACCAGGAACCUCCAACUAAUGGAAAUGACUGAUUUGCACAGCUUUUGUUAAAAUCUUUUCAUUGUUUUAUUAUGAUUGAUCACAAUUUAUUUUUAGAGUUUUAAGAUACUCUCAAAAAUGUGUUUUUUUGUACCUUAUUUUAAAGUUGUCCCUAUAAAGGUUACUGUCCCAGUGACGAGCUGUCAUACCCAGAAAGGUACAAUUUCUGCACAUUUUAUUUAUUUGUAUCUUUUAAAUCAACUGUAGGUUGAUUUAUAUUUUAUCUUUUAUGUAUUUAAUUGUUUCUCUGACUUCUAUUACACCCAGAAUUGGCAAAGAUUCUUCUCUUUGAUUGGUCCUUUGCACAAGUCACAGAAACUACUUGAUUGAAUCUGAGCUUUGAACUGCAGUUCUACAUGUUAAUAAAACACAAAUUUACCAAAAA